CGGGCGCGAUCGUGUAUGCUGUGAAACAGCCGAGUCAUGUCGCCGUGAACGAGGUCUUGAUCGAGCCUAGGGAUGAGCCGAUCUAGUGACCUACCUACCUACCUACCUACCUACCUAGGUACGGAUUAAAGAGGCAGGAGAGAGAGAAUGGAUGAGGGAUAAUGCGCGAAUUCAAUGACGAAUGAAGUUGGUAUGACAAGAGAAAAGCAAAAGUUAGUCAGACGAGAAAGAGAUCAUCUUGUAACACUUCCUGUUACCGUUUCCUUAACGUCCUAUUUUCCUUGGUUGAGAGACGAUGUGGCUUUGGUGGAACGGAUAGUGUCUGGGCAUUUUAGCGGCUUUGCAUGGAUCAUGAUCAUGACUGCACUAGUGUACGGUGGCUAUGUUAGAGGCUGGGGGGUGGUGGAAAAGGGGGAUGUGGAUGAAUAGUUGUAAUGGAAUAGAAUUCGGGAGAAGUUAGAGCGUUUGACAAAGAAUACCUACCUAAUGAUGAGUCGGUGGACUUUGUGUACUAUGCAACUCGAAGAUAGACGAAUGGUAUAUUGAAGCUCUAGAUACCUAUGCAUAUAACUGGUUUCUUAGUUGGUAGCGAUUACUUUAUGAACUUCCAGAUAGUAAAAGCCAGGCAGAGAUAUUUCUACAUCAACCAUAGGUAGUAAAUAUCCGAUUGCUGGACACAAGACAUAAC